UUUGUUUGUUUAUUUAUUCAAAGACAUAUCAUUGUCAUCAUAAACAUGUUUGUAUGGGAGAUGCUUCUGUACGGGAGCAUCUCCUGGUUUCAAGACUCAUGACACGUUUUUUAAUGGAAUGCAUCCUUUCCCCUCUCUCUAUCUCCUCUUCUCAUCUCUUCCUGUCACUCUUCUUAUCUCCUUCUCAUCUUCUCCUUGUCUCUGGCUUCUCUCCCUCUCUUUUUGCCUUUCCUUUUCACUCUCUCUCUCUCUCUCUCUCAUCUGCUCUUUACCCUCCUUUGCCUCUAUCUUCCUUCUCUCGGUAGCUAAGAUGACUGCCAUGACAAUUCAAUGAGAGGAGAGUGAAGUAUCCCCGCUUGCUGGAAAGGACACACAGUGUGUUCAAGGUAAAGAGAAGAGAGGGAGAAGAAGAGAGGAGGAGGAAGAAGAAGAAGAAAGAAGGCAUAAGAAGAGAAAGGAGAGGUAGAGGAGCGAGGGAAGGGGAGAGAAAGGAUAAACGGUGGAUGGAGGCGGCUCGGACCGGGGCUACGGAGCGCUCUUCACCGACGAAGAAGAAGAAGAACAGCAGCAGCAGGGGGGAGAAGACAUGGAGGCAAAAGGCAGAAACAUGCCCUCAGAUAUCACUUUCCUCCCGCGCCCAGCGAUGGUGUGGUGUGAGCGGGGCAUCCAGGUGCUGCUGACCACCAUGGGAGCGUUCGCGGCCUUUUCUCUAAUGACGGUAGCUAUUGGUACAGACUACUGGCUGUACGCCCGCGCCUUCAUCUGCAACAGCACAGCCAACUCGUCCCAGGAGGACUCCAACAACAAGGACAAGAAAGACCCUGGGGCACUUACCCACUCCGGCCUCUGGAGGAUCUGCUGCCUGGAAGGCUUGAAGCGAGGUGUGUGUUCCCAGAUCGAUCAUUUCCCAGACGACGCUGACUACGACCAGGAUUCUGCAGAGUAUCUGCUGCGUGUGGUGCGAGCCUCCAGCAUCUUCCCCAUCCUCAGCGCCAUAUUGCUCCUGCUGGGUGCAGUGUGUGUUGCUUCCAGUAGCUUCUACAAGAGCAAAAGAAACAUAAUUCUCGGCGGAGGGAUCCUAUUUGUAGCUGCAGGCCUUAGUAACAUCAUCGGAGUGAUAGUGUACAUCUCAGCAGCACUGAGCGAAAUCUCCCCCAAGAAAGACGAGGACAAGAAGUGGCACUACUCCUACGGCUGGUCCUUCUAUUUCGGCGGCCUGUCCUUCAUCCUGGCCGAGAUGGUGGGCGUCCUCGCCGUAAACAUUUACAUCGAGAAGAACAAGGAGCUGCGCUGCCGCUCUCGCACCGACCUCUUCAAGAGCACCACGCACGCCAUGCUGCGCCUGCCCAGCUACCGCUUCAGACGACGCUCUCGCUCCAGCUCGCGCUCCACCGACCCGCCGCGCUCGCAGGAGACCUCGCCCAUUGGCACGUCCAAGACCUUCAGCCUGCCGCCCUCUGCUCCGCCCUUCUCUGUCGCCACUCUGCCAAACCCGCACCACAGCAGCAGCGGUGGAAGUGGAGGCGGCGACAUCUCCAUGUACACCCUGACGCGGGACUCCAAGAUGGGCAGCCUGGGAGGCGGCGCUCCACCUCUCUAUGGCACCGUGGACCGCGCCACACUGUACCAACUCCACAACUACUUUCCAAAAGAUUCCAGCGGCAGUGGCGGAGGAGGAGGAGGAGGAGGAGGAGGAGGAGGGGGGAUGAGCAGUGGCACCCUCCCAUCUCACUCCAAGUCCAACUUGGCGGCGGCGGCGGCUGUAGCCCAGAAUGCAGCACCUCUGAAUACCUCCACGUCCGCCGUCACACCAGCCCAGCCAGCUCCGAUAUCUACAGCCACCAUGGAGAGGGACAGGGGCAACAUGGGAACCCUGGACCGACUGACGGCCAAAAGAGACAGGGAUAGCAACUCAGAUACACUUAACAGGAAAACUACGCCAGUUUAAAACUACACCUCAGAGAGACGGGAGAGAGGGUUUUCAGAGAAGUUAGAGAUAUCUGAGUUGAGAGAGAGAGAGAGAGCAAGAGUAGGGCUGAAAAUGUGUGGGUGACACUUCAAAUGUAAUGUUUCUGUCCUUGAGCCUGGGGUAUCUAGCUGCCAUAAUUACUUACCAAUAUAACAGUCAUGGAGCACCUGAGAUUAUGUGCAAACUCAUGACAACUGCCUUAAAAUGGUCAUGACUUUAGCCAACCCUUGUUUUUGAUUUAAUUAUACAGCAAUGGUGCAGUGGAGGCUUCAGCAUGAGGAAAAUGUUUUGUUGUUCUACAAAAUCACACACACACACACACACAAAUACACGCACACACACACACACACACACGCACACAUACAUACACACACACACACACAUACACACACACACACACACACAACUGGGAGCUUCCCAGUAAAACCAGUCUCCCGCUGCAGAAUGGGGGAGAAGCGCCUUGCUGAAGAGGCAGGGGAGCUCAGUAGUUAUUUACUCUCACCUUCAACAAUCAAAUCGACCUUAACAAGAAGGGACCACUGAGCUUUGAUUUUGUGACUUAUAAGUCAAAUGAUUUCUAGGUUCAAAUUGAACUGACUCUAGUUUAAAAGUUAAAGUCUUUUACACAUUUAAACGUCCAGUUUGACCCUGGAAACCACCAAAUCUUGAAGAAAAAAAAAAUACUUUCUGGUAUUUAAAAACUUUUAAACAUCAUAAAUAAUUAUUAAAUAAAAGUUGCCAGAUGGCACACGCCACAAUUCAGUUACAUUUCUGUUUUUAAAAAGAACAGAAAGACACAGACGGGUACAUUCAGCCAAGGAACAAGCUGCUCGGUGUGGAGCCAACUGCCAUUUUAAGGUCAACAGUAGCUACCUAACCUCAGGUGCCAAGAGAGUGGCCUCAGCCCUAUCUAACCUACUAACCUACACACACACACAUACACACACACACACACACACACACACACACACACACACACACACACACACACACACACACACAUCCGAAGAGGCUGACACACUGUGAGCCCAUUUAUUUUUCAUUGUGUGUCGAAGGUAAUGACAGUGACAGAUGGGCAUUCUCCUCACUCCCACAGAAAGGCACAGCCAUAGACUUCAAUCUUCACCCUGUACGCCUCCAUUACGCCACUGCCAGUUGUCCCAGUUUGGCCAAUCCCUGCUACAAAUGUCCAUCUGAACAAGUAACUUCAUCUGACGUUAAAUUCCUUGAGUCUUUUUUUCCCUUGUAGAAUUCUUGCCAAAUUGAAGUCGACUGCUCUUCUUGUUUCAGAGGAUGAUUUUACUAAACAACAGGAAUUGCGUGAACAAAUGUUCAGCAUUCAAAUUUACUGUCAGACCUAAAUUAAAUUAAGCCUGUUAUUGAUAAUUAACCCUAAAGCCAGACGGGAAUGUUGAUGUUGCAAUACUAGAUGUAGUACCUGCAGGCCUGUGACCUGAAGCCAGUUCUGGUCUAGCGUAUUAUAGUCAGAUGUACAUCCACCUCCAUGACCUCCAUGACCUCAUGUUCCACCAAACACGUUCUCACUCCCAACGCGUCCCAGAGCCACGCUCGGUCAGGUGUCUUUAAUGUUGUUUCUGACGCAAAAAGUCUUCUUUAACGUCUAGCCCUGUGGCGUCAUUUUUCAACGCACUCGGUCAGGACACUUGGCAUACCGUUUUUAAAGCUCUGGGUUGGGACGUAUGUUUAACUGACAAGAACGGGACAGGUUUAGGGAAUUUUUUGGAUGGGGUUACAAAACGGACGUUUCAGUGAGAGGUGAACGGGACACGAACCCCGUUCUCCUGGAUGAAAGUCCUGUGUUGUAUGACCCAUCCACCACCCCGACCUGUGUCCUUAUGAGGAUUUUUGGUUCUUAAUACUGCUCCAUAUAUACAUUGGCGCUCUUAAUACUACGUCAUCUUACAGCGCCACAGUUGUGCUACUGUACUGCCAUGCCAAAAUCAAGCGUCAGGAUUUGGUGAGUCAGGAAUGACAACAGGUUGUUCCAUCUCACUACGUGAAGAGCACUGGAUAUAAAUCCCAAAGUGUCUAAUGUGAACAUGAGUUACAUUAGAGCCUGUGCUGGACUGUAAUGGCCAUAAGACUCAGACUUAGACUUCUCUUUAGUAAUCCUUUUAAUGAUGACCCGCAAGGAAAUGGAAAUUUCCAGCAGCAGUUUUCAGCAAGAAGAACACAGUAUAGAGAGAAAAAGAAAAAGACACGAUAAAGAUAACAAUAACAGUAAUAAUAAUAUAAAAAUAAAACCUUAACCAAACAUAACGUAACAGUAGCUUUAUUUUGAAAGAUAAACCGUGCUAAUUGGAGCACAGUUAAUAAAUCAUAUUGCAAGAUAUCUCUCACUGGCUUGAAAACAAAAGAAGCUGCAAAGCCAGUCCCACCAAACCUCAUCUGUAAGCAGUGCAGCCAAUAGUGGAGCUCCUCGGGUGAAAAACACAAUUUCAAACCCUGAAAUGUCACUCGCUGAGCAAGUCGUUUUAUUUAAUCGCUGGUACUUUCCAAACCUUGCUUGUUAAUUAUGGUCAUUUUGUGUCAUCAGACAGUAUAACUGUUGCUAAAUGCACCUUUGUGGUUGAUGGAAGUACUUGUUAAGAUGGACUUAUGAUUUAUUUGCCAAAUGUGAUACCAGGGUUAGUAUGACUGUUUAUGAAGAUGUAUCGGUACCAAAGGCUACGAGGCAGCAUUCGUUAAGUGUUCCUACAAAGGGCUGCAACCACGGGUAAAAGGGUGGGGGUCAAAUCAGUUAACACUCAGGGGGGGUUUGACCACAGAUCAAAGGCUAAACAUGUAAAUCCUGUUAGUCCGAUAUGAAGUAUAUUAACCCUUUUAUCAAACAGAGUUCCUGACUUAGUCCUGAAGUAUAACGCACAUGUUCAGCACAUUAUGGAUUAUUAACUGAGUGAUUAAAUAUCUUAAUAUAUGUUCUAACUAAACAAUUUUGAGUGCAGUUUGUAUUUUUUAGGAAAUUUCAAGUAGAUGAAAUUCUUUAAUGGAUGUACUGCAUAACAUUUUGGACGGAAAACCCUUCCCACAUCCUAAAUCUGAUUACUGGACUAAAACACUGAACUCUGAAUGCACUUCUGGAUCAGCUGUGUUUGCAAAAUGAAUUCAACCCAACCGUGGUCGACGGCAAGCUGGAGGAGGGAAAGAGAAAAGAGCACAUCAGCUGGUUUCAGUCC